GUGUGUGUGUGUGUGAGAGAGAGAGAGAGAGAGCACGCGCGCAAGUGAGCAGAAGCUCAUUGUGUUCAUUGAGGAUUAAAUCGCUUUAAACUCGACACUCAUCCGUCUGCGCGCGCGCGUGUGUCGGUAUGUAGAGCUGUAAGCGCGCGCUGGGAUGGCGAGAAACAGCCCGGUACCGUCUGCUUUUUACGGUGAGCCACAGAAGUUUGACCCGACAUUCAAGGGCCCUGUCCAUAACAGAAGCUGCACGGACGUGCUGUGCUGCUUGCUCUUCAUCGUCGUCAUCCUCGGCUACGCUGCACUCGGCAUUGUGGCCUGGACACAUGGAGACCCCAGGAAAGUGAUCCAUCCUACUGACAGCUCAGGAGACUUCUGCGGGCAGAAAGGCACGAGCAACGCUAAGAAACCCAUCCUGUUCUACUUCAACAUCCUGAAAUGUGCGAAUCCUGCUGUUUUGAUAAACCUGCAGUGUCCCACCACUCAGAUGUGUGUUUCGAAGUGCCCGGACCGCUUCGCCACAUACACGGACGUGCGGCUCCAACACGCCUUCAACAGGAGCCACUGGGAAUAUUACAGGCAGUUCUGCAGGCCGGGAUUCAACGAUCCAAAGAAGGCUGUGGCUCAUGUGUUGCGUGAUGAAGACUGUCCGUCUGUGAUUGUGCCCAGCAGACCAUUUUUCCAGCGAUGCCUUCCAGACUUAACGACGAGGAACGGCACGCUGACGGUUGCCAACAGAACGGCUUUUAAGGACGCGCUCGAUACAGCGAGGAGUGUGAGUGAACUCAGGGAUGCAGCUGAUGGUAUAACAGCUCUGCUGGAGGCCAAGCAGUUUGGCAUGAAGAUCGUGGAAGACUACGCCAACUCCUGGGCCUGGAUUCUUACAGGGUUCAUUCUAGCACUGAUCAUCAGUUUGAUCUUUAUCCUGCUCCUGCGCUUCACUGCUGCCCUCCUGAUCUGGUUCACUAUCAUCGCCGUCUUCCUGCUUGUAGCCUACGGAAUCUGCCGUUGUUAUUGGGAGUUCACUCUCCUUAGGGAGACUCCAGAAGCAGACGUCAGCAUCACGGACAUGGGCAUCCAAACGAACCUACACGUCUACCUGCAGCUCAGCCAGACGUGGCUCAUUUUCUUGGUCUCUCUGGUACUAACUGAAGCCUCCAUAGUUUUAAUGCUGGUCUUCCUGAGGAAGAGAGUGUGCAUCGCUAUCGCCCUGCUGAAAGAGGGCAGCAAGGCUAUCAGCUACAUCAUGUCUGCGUUAUUCUACCCAAUCAUCACUUUCGUGAUGCUGGCUGUCUGUAUCUCUUACUGGGCCAUUACAGCUGUUUUUCUGGCUUCGUCCGGCGAAGCUGUGUACAAAGUGAUGUCAGUGCAGCCCAACUGCAAACAUGCCAACCUGACCUGCAGUCCAGACACGUUCAACAGGACCAACGUCACUAAGCAGUGUCCUGGAGCUCAGUGUCUCUUCGCAUUCUAUGGUGGCGAGAGCAUGUAUCACCGCUACAUCUUUCUCCUGCAGCUGUCCAACCUGCUUGUCUUCCUCUGGUUGGUUAAUUUCACCAUUGCUCUGGGUCAGUGUACACUUGCCGGAGCCUUUGCUUCCUACUACUGGGCCAAGAGGAAACCUGAAGAUAUACCAUCAUGCCCGGUUUUUGCUUCCUUUUUCCGGGCUGUACGGUAUCACACCGGGUCUCUGGCUUUCGGGUCACUGAUAUUAGCUUUCGUCCAGUUCUUACGGAUUGUCCUUGAGUACCUGCACCACAAGCUCAAAGGAACUCAUAAUGUGUUUGCUCGCUUCCUGCUCUGCUGUUUAAAAUGCUGCUUUUGGUGCCUGGAGCGUUUUAUUCGCUUCAUGAACAGAAACGCCUACAUCAUGAUUGCGAUCUAUGGAAAGAGUUUCUGCACAUCAGCUCGGGAAGCUUUCUUUUUGUUAAUGAGGAAUGUUGUGAGGGUAACUGUGUUGGACAAGCUGACAGAUUUCCUGCUCUUCUUAGGGAAAAUCCUCAUAACAGGGAUCGUUGGUGUUAUUGCCUUCUAUUUCUUCACACACAAAAUCCCAGUCAUUCAGGAAGAAGUUCCAGUUCUGAAUAAUUACUGGGUGCCUCUGCUGACGGUCGUGUUCGGCUCGUACCUGAUCGCACACGGCUUCUUCAGCGUCUAUGCAAUGUGCGUGGACACACUGUUCCUGUGUUUCUGUGAGGACCUGGAGAGGAACGACGGCACCACGACCAAACCUUUCCUCAUGUCUCCCGGGUUGCGUGGAAUUCUGAGAAGCGUGGAUCAAAGCCCCGGGAAAUCCCGAGCAGUGCCGCAUCAAUGUGGCAUUGAAGAAUAGCUUUACUCCUCCUUCAAGCUCGCAUGCUUUAACUCUUUAUCUCCUCCUCUUCCUGUGGCUGCGAGGAAGGGGUGCCGGCCGCUACGUCCUGUACUGUAACCCGACUCUGAUGCACUAAGACUGUGAGAAACACUGAGCAUUUACUUUCACCAGAGGAGACUUGAGGUGUAUGCACACACACACACACACACACACACACACACAAUACAACACACAGGUUCAGUCCAACUGCCUUAUUCACAAACGUCUAGCGUUUACAGGACCUUUUUGCAACAUCUAGCUUGACCUGAGUUCUGAUCGUUUAUUUAGAGUGGAAUAAACAAGGACAUUUUUAUAUUUUAUGACUUUUUGAGUGAUGUGUUAACCUUCAACCAGUCAAUUAACCAGCAAUUUCUCCAAGUUUGACCUAACUAGCCCAAUUUUAGGCAUGACUAGCUAGCUAAUUAAAAACAAAAUUACAAAUUUAAAUAGCUAGCUAGUUCAAUAAGCAAAUAUUCAUCAAAUUUUCAAUAGUUCAUUUAUUUUUAUUUUUCCUUUUUUUUGUGCGUACAUCAUGAAACUUAACUAAUUUGGUCAUUUCACUCGUUAAUUCUUGACUAGCUGGUAAAUCAACAAACGGAAAAAUUCACAAGCUAGUAAAUUAGGUGAAGUUCAUUAGAAACAUUUAUUUUGAGUUAUAUUUCAGGUAUUUACAGAUCUCGCUAAUUUGCCAAAGUAAAAUUUACCUUCACUCAUAAUACUUUCUUUAUUGUUUUGAGAGUGAGUUUUGAAGGCAGAUUUUGCUCCAGAAAAAGAGAAAUCUCACAGAUUUAUUUCCACCAAAAUAAAAAGUAAAAUAAAUUUUAAAAAAAUUCUUGGAAAUGUGCUUGAGUAAGAGUACAAGUGUUUGAAUUCGAUCCUUCUUGAAUUAGGAAAAAAAAAAACCUGAAUUAUCGUCUUGUCUAAAUACCUGGAUGAUGGUUGGACGGUGUUUGCGCCUGGUGGCCACCAGAGGGCGUAAUAAUGCAGAUAUUUGAAGAAGGUCCUGAAUCUUGAGUUUGGAUUUGGAUUUGUGUUUUGUUUUGUUUUUAAACUAGGUAAAACUAGCUGAUUAAUAUCUUAAUUUCUAUACGACUAGUAAAAAGGAACAGAGAACAUAUUGCGGUUUGAGACACAGCCCUAGAGCUCACGCUCACUCUCCUCUCGUUUUAACACAACGUCCUGCUUUUUCCUCUCACUUGGAGCCAAACACAAGAAGAUUGCUUUCCCAUAAGAGUUUGUGAAGUGACUCUGAACAAAUUAAAUGUGAAAUAAACAAGAAAACUGUGCACUCUAUAUAUAUAUAUAAAAAAAAAAAAACUUUGGAAAUCAAGCUGUCUCCUCUAGCAGGAGGUCAAAGCCAUCGGGUUCCUUUGUACCAGGAGCUUUUUUUUUUUGUAUGUUUUGGAAUGGGAAUAUGAUGCAUUUGUAUCUUUUGUACUACAAGGGGGG